AUGGCAAAGUCCCCAGCUCCCAGCAUGCACCUCUCUGCUCACCGGUCCGGCUGCUCGGGGCCUGGGGCUGAAGAGUCGAGGCUGCUCAUCUUCUGCCGCAAGCCCCGCCCUGUCCCACAGAUCCUGCGCUCUGAUUGGCUGCCGGAGGAGCCCCUGGUUUGGAAUCGCACACUUCCAAACUCCAGUCGCAGAGAGCGUGUGAGAAUGAGCAGGACCCCUCUGGCUGCAGCCCACCAGAUUCUGGACUGA